UUAUAAUGGAAGUAUUAUACCUUAUAAGUCAUACUAGCUCUACCUCCCUCUUUGAAAAUCUUGCAUUCAAGAAAAGAGCCAUGAUAGAAGAGGUAAAAACCCAAGCUAAAGUUGGUGUUGGGUUGAACGCCCUCUGGAAAGCUUUGACCAAAGAAUUGAGAUUUCUGGUUCCUAAAGUCCUGCCAAACAUAGUGAAGGAUGUGGAAUUGAUUGAAGGAGAUGGUGGCCUUGGUACACUCCUCCUCUUCAAUUUCUUCUCUGGUGAUGUAUCUGUAGCAGCGUAUCAGAAGGAAGAAAUUGUGGAGCUUGAAGAGUCCCUUCAUCGAAUUGCUCUUCAAGUGCUGGAAGGUGGACAUCUGAAUAAGGGUUUUUCCUUCUACAAGACAACUUUCCAACUAAAUGCAAUUGCAAAGCAGGAGACUUUGGUUGAUGUCACAGUCUCAUCAGAGACUAAAACAGAUCAAGAAAGUACCGUGCCCUCGAAGACAAUAGAGGCCACAUUAGAAUUUCUAAAGUGCUUAGAAACCUAUCUCAUGAAUGGCGCUUCCUAGAAUUUUUUUUCUUUUUCCUUUUUGUAAUAAUUAAUAAUCCAGAUUAAUGCUUUUAAUACUGGAAAAAAGUUUCUCUUUAAACUAGUUUGGAAAGAAACCCUUCAAACUCUCUCUAUAUCAUUUUAUUAAAUGUGAAUUUUAA